CUGAAUUGCUAAGAUCAUCAAUCGUCUCUUCUGAUGUAGCGCUCGACCGAAUCAACCUGAGACUAGAUGCCCACUCCUUCAUAUUUGUCAUUUGUUUUUCGCCCAGAGCGUUUCCGCAGAACUAAAAGGGUGGCGUGACGGCUUGCCUCCUAUUAGGGAGAGACCUCUUGGGGGACCAUUGGCAGCCAUGUUUGUACCGGAUAACGACGUAUCUCUGCUGGUCAGCAGCAUCCUCCUGACAUCUAUCUCUACCAUCGUCGUUUUCACAAGGCUCUACACUAGGGUGCUCGUUAUCAAGAAUCCAGGCGCCGACGACUGGCUGAUGGCGAUAGCUGUGUGUGCAUCAAUGAGUUUCAUGGUGGUCGCUAUCUACUUGGUGAGAUACGGACUAGGAGCAUCAUUUGGCAGCAUACCUCCAGAAAAUCUUGAGAAGUUCUUCCAUGGUUAUUGGGCUACGGUCCCCUUGUACAAUCUCGGCUUGAUUUGCUGCAAGCUAUCGAUUGUUUGCCAGUACCGACGGGGAGUAUCGCGGCUCACGGAAGCCAGUGCUUGCGUCACGUCUGUAAUUAGACUUAUCUCACUAAUACCAGCCUCUGUUCCGAACAAUGAGGUUGAUACCUCAUUAAGUGGAGUCGAUGCUGCCAUGUGGUCAGGAAUUGAGGUCAACGCCGCCAUAACAUGCGCCUCCCUGCCGACUCUGAAGCCCAUGUUUGAUAGAUUGUUCCAGACGUCAUCAAUAUCACACAACAACGCCGAAUGCAGAACCAGUGGGACCGACGAGCAGUCACAAAGCAGAAACUGUAGUGUGUUCCACAUUGGCAGGCAUUUUGUAUGUACCAAAAUCAUGGAGUGGAAAAAUGCGCACUCGAACUUGAAACGGAUAACAAGUCAUCCGGAGGUCGGGUUGACGAACUGCUUAGGCGUUGAUGAUUUAGAGGUGGCAAGUCGUCAAGAGCAGGCGCACGAGACGGUAUGA